AUCGAUCGAAGCUAUGGCAUCAAUGUAUUGCCUCAGCCAGUAAGCAUCCUCUACAUUACACUGAAAGAACAUUAUUUAUAUCGCAUGCACGGAGAAAAUUAAUUCCCGUCAAAACUGUAUAUUAUCGUCAUGUCAUGUAACCAUGACGACACAUAGAGACUUUACCACGAUGGCUGACAAUACGGUACCCGGAAUAAGACAUGGAAAUGGUGUAAUUAGAAAAACAAUGCAAUGUCUGUAACAUCUAUAGAACUUCAACUGGAAAGUGAAAAUUUGGUAUAUUUCUCUGGACAGCGUGUUAAAGGAGCAUUAGUUUUACAAAUUGGUCUACCCGUCAUUAUAGCAGGAGUUGAGGUGCGUUUCCGUGGAGCAGCACGCGCAAAAUGGCGAGAAACAGUUCAAAAUGGCACACAUCGAACAGAUAUAGAACAUGAAAAAGAGGAAAUAUAUUUUGAUGAUCGCUUUUGUUUGUGGGGAAAAGUGAAUCAUACUAACAGAUGGGAGGGAAGAGAGGUGCUACAAAGAGGUCGUCAUAUGUUUCCGUUCCAGUAUAAAGUACCCGAAUGUGUUCCAUGUUCAUUUGAAGGCCCGGAUGCUCAUAUUCGGUAUAGCGUUCAGGGAAUUAUUAUAAGAUACAAUGGAGAGUGUAUUAGUUCACAAAGAAUUAUAAACGUGCUUAGAGAAUACGACCCGAGAAGAGAACCUCGGGAUUCGGCAGCUAAUUCAUCGCCUCAUCGGCUGGAAGAUCAUGCUGAAAGGUCAGUUAGCACUCUUUGUUGUCGUCCCGGGAGAGUUUCAUGUACUCUCUCUUUACCGAAGCGUGCCUGUGUUCCGGGUGAAAUUCUCCGAGCCGAAAUACUCGUUCACAACAUGUCCAUAAGAAAAUCUGGUGCUGUUAGUUUACAAUUAAAACAGAUUAUUACCUACGGUGGAGUCCAAACGAAAAUACUUUUACUGAAAGAGUAUAAAGUUUGUGAUGGACUUAGGCCUGGUCAACAUCGACAAUGGAAGGAAUAUCCACUUCGUGUUCCACCUCUAUGUCCGUCGAGACUUCACAUGUGUAAAGUCUUAGAUGUUAGAUACUGUAUAUCAGUAGAAGCAACUUUUGCUGAUAUUAUUUUAUAUUCUGCGGUGCCAAUCAUCAUAGCGACGAUUCCUGAUAAUUAUUUAGAAUUUUCUAAGUGGUCUUAUAAAGUGAGUACGCCUUCUUUAAUGAUGGACGAUACAUUGACAGAUUGUUAUAUAUAUGGAUGUACAAGGACUGAAUCAGAAGAAGACGAAUUUAAGCCAAAAUAUAAAUACUUCGAGAAUAUACGAGACUUGAGACGAGACAGAGAUUUGAUAGUGAAAUUUAGGUACAGUCCUAGUUUAAAAAGAAGAAAUAAGGAAAAAGAAAAGAAACAAGAAUUGGCGAGACCAACGGUUAAGUUGAAAUCUGAAGACAUUACGACAUCAUCAUUAGCAUGAUCUAUCUUAAGAACAAAGCUAUACAUAUUCUACGUUGUUCCAAACACAUUCCAUGAUUGACUUGAAAGAGAUUUUCAUUUUCAGAAAAAAAAAGAAGAAUAUUUAGUUCAUCCACUAAUGUUAAAAAGAGAUAAAAAAGUGAUGUGGCCAGUAUCAUGAUUAGAUAUGUAUGUACAAAUUAAAGUUUUCUUCGCGUCUGAAAUUUCCGAUACGCGUGAAUUGCUGGACUUUCAUUACAAUUAACUAUAAAAUGCAAAUAACCUGUGCUAUAGUAAAGAAGACUUUUUGGCAACUUGUUGAUCUUUGGCAUAGACACAACUUAGGUAACAUUUUAAGUACGUUAUUUUAUGUGUUUAAUUCUAUGCCUAUUUAGAAAAUACGUAUACAACAAUAUCAAUAAAAUUAGAUAUCCAUGCGCAUACCUUCCAAUAAUGUGCAGCUCAUUGUAAAACUAAUUAAACAACUGAAAAAUACACACAUUGCUAUACUAUGAAACUUUCUUUUAAAGCGUUUUCCCCUUAUAAAAUAAGUUCAUUCUUGGCAUAAUAUUUGAAUAACAUAUUUUUAUUUAUUUUAAACUAAGAUUUGGAUAGUCAUUGUAAGAUAAGUAUAAAAAUCAAUGUCUAUGUCAUUGCGUAUGAGCUUUGUUUUGAACAAGUGUUUAAUGGCCCUUCUCGACUGAGUAAGAACAAAUGAUACUUAUAAUUCACAAUGCUUAAGAAAUAUUAGCUAAUAUAGUAUUCGUCCAUAAAAUGCAUGAAUAUUUGCAGUGGAAGUUAAACAAACAUAAGUCAUUUAAUAGUUACUUUAAUGAUAAUAUAAAUAUACUAUAAUGUAAAAUGACCAUUUUUUUUUAUUUAACCAUUGUAUCGUCGCACAAAUUUUAUUUUGAUCGCUGGCGAUCUGCGACAUUUUGUCUGAUAAUAAAUAUGAUGUUAUUAACUUCACAAACAUAUAUUUUAACCAGAUAUAUCAUAUCACUAAUCAAAACCAAAACUAAAAACCAUGAUUUUUUGCAUCACUGUUCUGAUUUAAUACCUUAAAUUGUUGACCGCUGUACUCCUAUUUUUGACCUUUUUACCUAUUAUGUCUGUUUGUUUUGCUCACACAUUGUUGACAAUAUAAUGGAAUUUUAUGCGACUGUCAUACACGUGAGAGGUUUAGCUAGCUGUAAAACCAGGUUUAAUCCACCAUCUACAUGAAGCAAUGCCUGUACCAAGUCAGGUAUAUGACAGUUGUUUUCCAUUCGUUUGGUGUGUUCGAGCUUUUGAUUUUGCUAUUUGGUAAGGCACUUUCCGUUUUGAAUCUUAUUUCGAGUUCGGUAUUUUUGUUAUUUUACUUUUUUAAAGGGAUAGUCACACAUUUGAUACCUUAAAGGGAUAGUCACAGAUCUAAUACCUUAAAGGAAUAGUCACAGAUCUAAUACCUUAAAUGGAUAGUCAUAGAUCUAAUACCUUAAAGGGAUAGUCACAGAUUUUGAUUGAAGGAGUAGAAUUGUUUUUCUAUUACAUUGUGCAGAAGUAAUAUGAGAAUUCAAAACUAAGAUAAGUUAAAUAAACGAAGCAGAUGGUAUACUUCCAUAAGACAGGAAACCAACAACACAAUAAAGCAAAAAGGGGAUAUCUAGAGACGAACAUAAUGUUGUCUGUAGAUUAUGUUAAACUCUAAAUCAACCCGAGUCUAAAACCAUAAGAGGACGAAAAAUAGAUUUCGAAGCACAAAACCAAACAGUUCUGCUUAAUCUGUUGUUUUAAUUGCCUGAAUGAUAUCCUUGUGUCCACAUUUAUCAUAUGUACCAGUCCUAAUGUUUGGGGUGCAAACUAGUGGAAUUUUAUGUUUAUAUUGCCACGGUAUAAGACAUUCUAAAUAUUUCAUAAGUUGCAAGUCAGUUAAAGUCAUAUACGAAUUAGAAAAAAACUGAUAUAAUUAAUGUCUGGUUUAUGAACAAUGAAUAAAGUACAAAGAUAAACCAAUGUUAUUGCGUAAAGCCCCGAACUGAAUACAUGUAUUCACGUAAACGACAAGGUCAAUGUUAUUUUUUUUUUUGUAUUCAAGACUUUUUUUGCUUUUCGGAUGUUAACAUAGUUCUUUACAUUUUUAGACACACCAAAAAAUGAUAUCAUAACGUAACAUCUAAGAUAAUGUCAUCGAAAAGUAUACGACCAUUAGAUUGUAAUUAACAUCUAUUUUUCUAUGAUCACCUUGUCCGUAU